AUGUCUACGGAAUUGUCUCUGAUACAAGAAGAUGACAUUUUAUAUGAGCAAGAAAUCCUCAAACAGCCAGGAGAACUGGGACCAUGGCUGCGGUAUCUAGAAUUUACGGCUGAUGCGCCGAUAUCGAAAAGAAUCUUCGUGUUUGAGCGAGCUUGUGACCUCUUCAAACGAUCCUACAAACUUUGGAAAAUGUAUUUGGACAUCAGAGUCGACUAUGUCGCUCGAUCUCACGCAUGGAUUCUAUCACAGCAGGGAUUAAAUGAGUUCUCAAGAGAACAGUUAAAGAGCGAAAUAGAAAAGGUUGACAGGUUGUAUGUUAAAGCACUCGUACUCUUAAACAAAAUGCCUAGGCUAUGGCAAGACUAUUUAGAAUACCUGCUUCGAUGGAAACCGCAUAGCAUUACCCAUAUUAGACAUACCUUUGACAAUGCACUCAGAGCAUUGCCGUUGAGUCAACAUCACAGGAUAUGGCCAUUGUAUAUCAAUUUCGCAAACAGACAUGCACAUAUAUCUUCAGCUACAGCAAAGAAUAUCUGGCUAAGAUAUAUACUAUUCUUCCCAGACGAAACGGAAAAUUGUAUUGAACAACUCAUAGAUUUAGAAUAUUAUGAGCAGGCUUCCCAAUUGCUUACGAAACUCCUGAAUAAUCCGAACUAUGUCUCAGUCAAAGGUAAGAGCCGGCACCAACUAUGGGAAGAACUGGCAGAUAUUCUGGUAGUACCUCAUGAUAACUGGAAGCCUGAUAGCUUCUAUGUUGAGAGAGUCAUUAAAAGUGGUAUAAAGAGAUAUCCCGAUCAAAAAGGGAAACUGUGCGUCCAACUUGCUACGUAUUGGAUCAACAAUGGAAAUUUUGAGAAAGCUCGUGACGUAUUCGAGCAAGGAUUGGAGGAUGUGAAAACUGUGAGAGAUUUUUCUCAAAUAUUUGAUAGUUAUUGUGAAUUCGAAGAGUCACUGAUAGCUAAACUAAUGGACGAAGAAGAACAAGGUGAUCUUGACAGAUUAAUGGAAUCCUUCGAGCAGUUGAUGGAUAGGAGACCAUUUAUGAUUAACAGUGUUCUACUUGAGCAGAAUCCAAACAAUGUAGUUGAGUGGGAAAAAAGAGCUGGUUUGUGGGGAAGUUCUAUGGAUCAAGUUGUGCAAACAUACGAGAAGGCCAUUGAGACUAUCGUGCCGAAGAAGGCUAGCGGAAAAUUAUAUCAGUUAUGGACCAAUUAUGCUAAACUGUACGAAAAAGCUGGUGAUCUGUCCACGGCCCGUAUAAUCUUCGACAAAGCUACCAAAGUUCCAUAUAAAUCAGUCAAUGAACUCUGCGACCUUUGGAUUGAAUGGGCUGAAAUGGAACUGAGAAGUGAGAAUCUAGAUGGGGCAAUAAAAAUUAUGGAGACUGCUACGAAGGGACCUAAGAAUUCUAAAGUAGAUUACUUCGAUGAAUCGCUUUCUCCACAGGAACGCCUCCAUAAGAGUAUGAAAUUGUGGUCCUUCUACGUCGAUUUGGUUGAAAGUAUUGGCACAUUAGAAGAAGUAAAACCCAUAUACGAUCGCAUUUUUGAGCUUAAAAUUGGAACUACAUUGACUAUAGUUAACUAUGCCAAUCUGUUAGAGGAGAAUAAUUAUUUCGAAGAGGCUUUCAAGGUUUAUGAAAGAGGAAUAGAAAUGUUUUCUUACCCCAUUUCAUUCGAAAUAUGGAAUAUUUAUUUACAGAAGGCAAUCAAGAGAAAGUUGGGAAUAGAGAGGCUGCGUGAUCUGUUUGAGCAAGCACUCGAAGAUUGUCCUUCUAAGUUGUGCAAACCACUAUAUUUAUUAUACGGCAAACUGGAAGAAGAACGGGGACUGGUCAGCAAUGCAAUCAAGAUUUAUGAAAGAGCAACCAAAGCUGUCGACAACAAAGAUAAACUUGAAACGUAUAGGUAUUAUAUUGCUAGAGUGGCGGAGAAUUUCGGUUUGCCAGGUACCCGACCCAUAUUCCAGACGGCUAUUGACAAUCUUAAUGAUCAUGAUGCCAACAUAAUUGGACAGGAAUUUAUUAAGAUUGAAGAAAAACUUGGCGAGAUAGAUCGUGUACGUGUGUUAUAUGGAUUUUUGAGUCAGUUCAACGAUCCUAGGACGAAUGAAGAAUUUUGGUCUAAAUGGGAUCAGUUUGAAGUCAUGCAUGGCUCCGAAGAUACAUACAAGGAGAUGUUACGAAUCAAGCGAUCUGUUAUAGCACAAUUCAAUACUGACGCUAACUAUUUGGCUGCUAAAGUUAGUGAUAACAAUUCAAUGUCAAGACUCGACAAGCAAACUGCUUCCCCGAUUGGAUUUGUUGCAUCGGAGACACUACAACCAUCAAAAUCUGAAGCCAUUGACACUAAUGACGUAGAGAACCCUGACGCUAUCGACAUUGAAAUUGAGGAUUGA